GUCCUAAUGAAUACCUUGACAUUGUUGCAGCUUCGGAGUUUCUUGUCACAGAUGCGCCAUCAUGAGGAGGAGCAUGCCACAGUGACAAAGCUCUCAGCCUUGGGCAUUGCCAUGCAGGCUCUCAUGGAUGCGUAUGACUCAUUCCUCCAUUUGAGCGUUGCAGCUCCAGUGCAGGUAUUGAACACCUAUAGUUUCGCGGUUGUCUCGAUGUUGAAAUUCUCACUCUUCGCCUUGGUGGAGAUUCGAUACCUCCUGCUCAUUUGGAGGCAUCAGCAUCAACACAUGUUUGCGGAAGGCUGGGAAGCAGUUCGGCAGGAACUCUCCAGGGUCUAUGCCCAGUUCUAUGGUGCAUUGGUGGGUGGUUUGAUUCUCAUCUUUAUCGCUUCGGACUAUUUGGACUUCGUCGCCUUGCUAAUGCAGGCGUAUUGGCUGCCUCAGAUCAUUCACGAUGUCAGACAUGGCUCCAAAAACUCCUUUACGCACUUCUUCAUCUUCAGCAUAACUGCCACCCGCAGCUUGCAAUUCCUUUACCUCUGGGGCUGCCCUGCAGGUAUCUUUGAUGGUGAGAUCUACCCGCACUUGCCGGGCGCACCUUCGUUCGAGCUUUGCUUGGCAGCCGUGCUUCUGCAAGUGAUGCAGGUCUCCUUGAUGGUCUCGCAGCGCCGCCUAGGGCCAAGGUGGUUUGUCCCCUGGCUGUGCCUGCCGCACGUUUACAAUUACAGGAGAUUCCUUCAGGCGCCUCCUCUCGGCUCAGAAUGCGUCAUUUGUAUGCUCGAAAUCACUUCAGAGGACGGAGUGCAGAUUGUAACGACACCUUGUGAACAUCGCUUUCACGUGUCUUGCUUGGAAAGGUGGAUGGAUGUAAAGAUGGAGUGUCCAACGUGCCGAAGGCAACUGCCUCCAAUGUGAGGCAGGUCAUGCUGAGACAUGCCGUAAAUUUCUGAAAAAAGACAGAAUCUCCACCUAGUGUUGUGUC